UAUAAACAUGAUGUUAAUGGACCGAAACCGAAAUUUUUAUCACCUACACUCGCUCUACCCGAACCUCUAUCUCCAUAUUUAAAUCCCUUCUGUCCCCCAAAAUCUCCUACCCGCCAAAAAUCCAGUUCAAAUGAACCCUUCAAAGUGUCAUCUCCUCCUAAAAUCCUGCAAAACCCUGAACCAACUCAAGCAAAUCCAUGCACAAUCCAUAACCCAAUCCCUCCACCCUCACCAUCAACCCCUCUCCUGCAAGAUCCUCAACCUCUAUUCGAACCUCAACAGACCCAUUGAUGCCCUCAAUGUCUUCACCCAAAUCCCAGACCCUGAUCUAAUCACCCUCACCAGCCUCAUCAAUUUACACUUGCACUCCAAUCAACCCCGAAAAGCCAUCUGGGUCUUUGCCGAAAUUUUAAAAUCCGGCAAAAAACCUGAUGGGUUUGCUGCCGUUGGUGCUCUCUCUGCCUCUGGUUUGAUUUGUGAUCUUAAGCUAGGAAAAUCUCUUCAUGGGUUUGUUUUAAGACAUGGAUUAGGAUUUGAGACUGUUGUAAAUAAUGCAUUGGUUGAUACCUACUGUCGAAAUGGUAGAUUGGAGCUUGCCAAGAUUGUUUUUGAUGAAAUGGGUGAAAGAGAUCCUGUGUCUUGGAGUAGUUUGUUGCAUGGAUAUGUGAUUUAUGGCAGUUUGGAGCAUGCUUGUGAGUUGUUCGAUGAAAUGACAAAGAGAGAUGUGGUUUGCUGGACUGUGAUGAUAACGGGUCACGUACAGAGAAAAUGCCCGGUUCGUGCUCUAGAGCUAUUUAGUGAGAUGAAAUUAGAGGGUCAUCGUCCUACCUUGAUCACGAUUGUUGGUGUACUGUCAGCCUGUGCGGAUAUCGGAGCAUUGGAUCUCGGGCGUGCCAUUCAUGGAUGCAUUGCAAAAAUAAAUUUAGGGCUGGAUGUUACCAUCGUGUAUAAUGCACUUAUUGAUAUGUAUUCGAAGAGUGGGGAUCUCAAAAUGGCCGUUGAGAUCUUUAAGGGUACGAUGAAGAAGGAUGUUUAUACUUGGACUACAAUGAUUUCAGGGUUCGCAGUUCAUGGCCAGGGAUUGAGAGCUAUCAAAGUAUUCAACGAUAUGCUGGACUCGGGAAUAAGACCAAAUGAAGUGACGUUUUUGUCUGUCCUUUUGGCUUGUAGCCAUUCAGGAUUGGUAAAUGAAGGUAGAGUUUGGUUCAAGAAAAUGAGUGAAAUCCAUAAAUUGAAGCCCAAAGUUGAACAUUAUGGAUGCAUGGUCGAUCUUUUUGGGCGAGCAGGGCAACUUAAGGAAGCAAAGAAAUUGGUAAAAGAGAUGAGUAGAAAUCCAGAUUGUGUUAUAUGGAGAUCAUUGCUAAGUGCAUCUUUAGUUCACGGUGAUAUAAAACUGGCUGAGACCGCAGGGAGAGAGAUAAUCAAGCAAGAUCCUAAUGAUGAUGGGGUUUAUGUGCUUCUAUGGAAUAUGUAUGCUUCUUCGAAUCGAUGGGAGGAAGCUCGAGAAAUGAGGAAAGAGAUGACAGAAAGGAAACUUGUCAAGAUGCCAGGGUGUAGUUGGAUUGAGCUUGAUGGUAUUGUUCAUGAAUUUUUGGUCGAAGACAGGAUACACUUACUCUGUGAAGAUAUAUGCUUGAUUUUGGAGGGGAUUUCCAAGCACUUGAAGAUGGAUACAGUUCCUUUCUUUGAGGAUGAUUGUGUUUGGUUAUAGAUAAUGAAGUAUGAAGAUGACCCAGAAACCAAAGAUGAUCUGCAAUCCGCAGUUUUGCAACAUUUCCAGAUCUCUCGCCAGGGUGUAGUUGGAUUGAGCUUGAUGUUAUUGCUCAUGAAUUUUUGGUUGAAGACAGGAUAACACUUACUUUGUGAAGAUAUAUACUUGAUUUUGGAGGGGAUUGCCAAGCACUUGAAGAUGGAUACAGUUCCUUUCCAGGUUUUUCUUCCACUUUGGUUAUUUAUUUAUUUUCUAUUCUAAUUUUCUGCAGAUAUUGGCUGUAUAAUUCGUUGUAAUCAUAAGAAACUCAAAAUCAU